UCGGCGUCGGCGGCGCGCGCGCUCCCUCCUCUCGGAGAGAGGGCUGUGGUAAAAGCCGUCCGGAAAAUGGCCGCCGCCGCCGCUGCCGCGCCGAGCGGAGGAGGAGGAGGAGGCGAGGAGGAGAGACUGGAAGAAAAGUCAGAAGAACAGGAUCUCCAGGGCCUGAAGGAUAAACCUUUGAAAUUUAAAAAGGUGAAGAAGGAUAAGAAAGAAGACAAAGAGGGCAAGCAUGAGCCCCUGCAGCCAGCGGCCCACCACUCUGCUGAGCCAGCAGAGGCAGGUAAAGCAGAGACCUCGGAAGGGUCGGGCUCAGCCCCAGCCGUGCCAGAAGCUUCGGCCUCCCCCAAACAGCGGCGCUCCAUCAUCCGCGACCGGGGACCCAUGUACGACGACCCCACUCUGCCUGAAGGUUGGACCCGAAAGCUUAAGCAAAGGAAAUCUGGCCGCUCCGCUGGGAAGUAUGAUGUGUAUUUGAUCAAUCCCCAGGGAAAAGCCUUUCGCUCUAAAGUGGAGCUGAUUGCAUACUUCGAAAAGGUAGGCGACACCUCCCUGGACCCUAAUGAUUUUGACUUCACGGUAACUGGGAGAGGGAGCCCCUCCCGGCGAGAGCAGAAACCACCUAAGAAGCCCAAAUCUCCCAAAGCUCCAGGAACUGGCAGAGGCCGGGGACGCCCCAAAGGGAGCGGCACCACGAGACCCAAGGCAGCAGCAUCAGAGGGCGUGCAGGUGAAAAGGGUCCUGGAGAAAAGUCCCGGGAAGCUGCUCGUCAAGAUGCCUUUCCAAGCUUCGCCGGGCAGCAAGGCUGAAGGGGGUGGGGCCACCACGUCGGCCCAGGUCAUGGUUAUCAAACGCCCCGGCCGGAAGCGAAAAGCUGAGGCUGACCCCCAGGCCAUUCCCAAGAAACGGGGCCGAAAGCCGGGCAGUGUGGUGGCGGCUGCUGCCGCCGAGGCCAAGAAGAAAGCCGUGAAGGAGUCUUCCAUCCGGUCUGUGCAGGAGACCGUGCUGCCCAUCAAGAAGCGCAAGACCCGGGAGACGGUGAGCAUCGAGGUGAAGGAGGUGGUGAAGCCCCUGCUGGUGUCCACCCUUGGCGAGAAGAGCGGGAAGGGACUGAAGACCUGCAAGAGCCCCGGGCGGAAAAGCAAGGAGAGCAGCCCCAAGGGGCGCAGCGGCAGCGCCUCGUCGCCCCCCAAGAAGGAGCACCACCACCACCACCACCAUGUGGAGCCCCCGAAGGCACCCGCGCCACUGCUUCCGCCCCCGCCCCCACCCCCGCCGGAGCCCCAGAGCUCCGAGGACCCCGCCAGCCCCCCCGAGCCCCAGGACUUGAGCAGCAGCGUCUGCAAAGAGGAGAAGAUGCCGAGAGCAGGCUCGCUGGAGAGCGACGGCUGCCCCAAGGAGCCAGCUAAGACUCAGCCCGCGCUCACGACCGCCGCCGCGGCCACAGAAAAGUACAAACACCGAGGGGAGGGAGAGCGCAAAGACAUUGUCUCAUCCUCCAUGCCAAGGCCAAACAGAGAGGAGCCUGUGGACAGCCGGACGCCCGUGACCGAGAGAGUUAGCUGACUUUACACAGAGCGGAUUGCAAAGCAAACCAACAAGAAUAAAGGCAGCUGUUGUCUCUUCUCCUUAUGGGUAGGGCUCUGACAAAGCU